GGAGGGGAGCUGAGGAUGGGCAAAACGGAGCUUGCAAUGACACCCCUACAACAGUGGGGUGAAGAGGUAGAAGACGGGGCCAUCUACAGCAUCAUCCUUGAGCGAGUGAAGGCAGAGGCUGUGGCCAACAGACCUUGCCACCUGCAGGAGGACUCCAGCCUCCCUGAGUGCCCUUUUGUCCAGUACCGCACUUGCAAGAGGCGUGUGCUGAGGGCGGCCACCCUUCCCAGGCUGGUGAAGUGGCUCGUGGCCGCCAAGGCUGAAGGAGACCUGGACUACGUACCCAGCUUCUUGGCCACCUACCAGGCCUUCGCCACAUCUGCGCAGGUGUUGGAGCUGCUGCUGCCACUGGGACCAAACAACUGCAGGGCAGUCCUACAGGUAUUGGAACUGUGGCUGCAGCAUCACCCUGAGGAUUUUUGGGAGCCCCCGGAGCACCACAACCUGCAAAAAGUCUUGCACUUCCUGCACCAGUCUGCUCCUGACUCCCCAGCAUAUGCCCUGGCAGGAAGGCUGCUGCAAGGCGACAAACAAAAGGAGGAGGAGGAGGAAGAAGAAGAAGAAGAAGAAGAAAGGAGUAAGGCAACAUCAGCUGCGGCCAACGCAGGAGGAGAAUCUCUGGGGAUGGGCAUGGCACAGGCGACAAGAGAGGUAGCUGAAGCAGGGGAGAGCAAGGAGAUGCCAGUCUUGUUGUCCUUCCCUUUGGAUGAAGUGGCUGAGCAGCUGACCCUGAUGGAUGCGGAUCUUUUCAGAGCGGUGAGACCCUUUCAUUGCACGGGUUGUGUCUGGUCCCAUAGGGACAAGAAGGAGAAUCAACACAUGGCUCCCACUGUCCGUGCCACUGUGGCCCAGUUCAAUGCAGUCACCAGCUGUGUCAUCACAUCCGUGCUUGGAGACCUGACCUUGCGUACUCCCCAACGUGCACACUUGCUAGAGAAAUGGAUCAGCGUUGCCCAGCACUGCCGGGCCCUACGAAAUUUCUCCUCAUUGCAUGCCAUCCUCUCUGCUUUACAAUCCAACUCCAUCUAUCGUCUUAAGCGGACCUGGGCUGCUGUCAACAGGGAGUCUCGGAGCACUUUUCGAAAGCUCUCACAGAUCUUUUCUGAAGAUAAUAAUUACUUGAACUGCCGGGAAAUCCUGAUGCAGGAAGGAGGGACCGAGAGUUCUUGCGAUGGACAAAGCAGCCCUCAAAUGCCAGCUGGGUCAUCUCUGCUGCUCAGACCUCAGAGCAGGCCAGUGGCUCCCACCAUCCCUUAUCUUGGCACCUUUUUGACAGAUCUGAUCAUGCUGGAUACAGCACUGCCAGAUUUUCUGGAGGGCAACCUCAUUAACUUUGAGAAGAGGCGCAAGGAAGCAGCUAUCCUGUCUUGCAUCUAUCACCUGCAAGAAUCAUGUCAGGGAUACAACCUUUCUCUAAACCCAUCCUUCCGUGAUGCCUUCCACCAGCAUCAGCAGUUAUCUGAGGAACAAAGUUACCGGAUCUCACGGGUGAUUGAACCGACGGCCGACUCGUGUCCUAACUCUCCAAAGCUGCAUCGUAGCCUGACCAAGCGCUUCAGCUCACUUCUCCUGGGCUCAGACUCUUCUGGUGCUCCUUCAGGCCCUGAUAGAUCUGGAAUUUCACCACUGGGCUCCUGCAGCAGCCUUAACUCUGAGGAUGGAUCCAAUGCCCCUUGUUCCCCAACUUGGGGAUCUCCCACUGUCAAGAAUUUCCCUGUAUCUCAGCCAAGAACCUCUUCUCCAUUGGAACUGCCUCCAGCUUCUCCUAUCUCUAAGCAAAGAGGGACAGAAUCUCGUAUCGUUCGUGUCAGUAUGGAUAAUGAGCAUGACAAUGGCAAUCUUUAUCGUAGCAUUGUGAUCACCAGCCAAGACAAGACCACAGCUGUAGUACAGCGUGCCUUGCAGAAGCACAACCUGGAAGGGGACUCCCCAUGCAACUACCGACUCCUACAGCUUUUGGGGGAUGGUCAAGAGCUGCUGAUUCCUGAAGGUGCCAACGCUUUCUACGCUAUGAAUCCCGCUGGUCCUCACGACUUCCUCCUGAGCCUCAAGGAGGAAGCCACUGUACCCCGAAGUCUGGGCACUACACAGCUUGGUGGCAAAACAGCUCCCCACAGUCCCCUCACAUUCAAGGACUUUGGCACCAGAACUCCUGCUGCCACUUUGCACCCCACACUUUCUGGUCACAGCCCACACUCAGCACCCCCCAGCCCAGUUCAUCUUGGCCCACCAUCUCCUGCUGUGCCACCGCAGCUCAGGCCGUAUCUCCUGACACCUCCUCCAUCUCCAGCUUCUUCUCCAUGGUUUCCAGGAAUUCAGCCACCAAGGUGCCUUCCGGAGUCUCCUCCUUUCUCCUUGUCCCUGCCUCUUCCUCAGCACUCGAUGACCCUGGGACCCUUCAGGCCCGCCCCACCUGAGACUGUUCUGCCCUCUCCCUUGCAGAGCCCACAGACCUCUUCUUCGGUGUCCCAGGUAAACCCCGGCUAUUCCCUAGGGGCCUCCCCCAACCCCUGUGCUGCCCCUCCCUUUUCAGCGCCGUGAGGUUUUCGAGGUGGCCGAGUGGUCCAAACACCAUUUCCCAAGGCAGCCCAGAAGUGGA